AUGGCGACGCCUUUGCCCUCUCUGGCCGUCCCAGGCCAACACCUCGCCCCAGCGUCGUCCUAUGCGGCCGGCUCGGGGACAUACGUGCACAACGGGGUCAUCUGUGCCUCGAUUGCUGGGCCGGUCUUCGUGGAGCCCACCCAGUCAAGACCCAAGGUGAAGCCCGUUCUCAGCGUUUCACGGACAGGCAUCAACAAAAAUGCUCUGCCCGCGGGCGAUCAGGUCAACGGGCUCAGUGUCCACAACAAACCUUCGCCUCCGCUCGGCGCAAAGCCUGUGACUACAGCUCCCGCAGCACCCCGCAAACCCAGAUAUAACACCCUUCCGGCAGUGGAUUCGAUCGUGCUGGCGCGGGUGACUCGUGUCCAGAAGCGUCAGGCAACCGUGUCCAUCCUCGUCGUGCUGGAUGACGCCGGCUCUGCGCCUGGGUCUUCGCAGCAGACUGCCUCGGACAACGACAACAUUGCCGCCAUUCUCGCGUCGGCCGCCAACCCGGAGAACCACAACACCUCGGACGAGCUGCGGUUCCAGGCGCUGAUCCGCAAGGAGGACGUUCGCGCCGUUGAGAAGGACCGCGUCGUGAUGGAGGAGAUGUUCCGGGUGGGCGAUAUUGUGCGUGGCAGUGUCAUCUCUCUGGGGGAUCAGAGCUUCUAUUACCUUACGACGGCGCGCAAUGACCUGGGGGUCGUCAUGGCCCGAAGCGAAGCGGGUAACAUGAUGUAUCCGGUCAGUUGGAGAGAGAUGAGAGAUCCUGUGACGGGGAUUGGAGAGUCGAGGAAAGUGGCUCGACCGUUUUAG